UGCCGGGCCUGGGGCGGCCGUGGUGGGAAGCCGAGGCGCGCGGGAGCCGCAGAGGCACCGUCCGCAGCCCGGAGGCGAGGACCCGGGCUGGGUUUUCCUUACCCCAGUCCCUUCUUAUCUCAUAAUUUCAAUGUCCUGAAAUCUGAGGAUUCCACCAAGAUAAUAUGAUAGGAACUUUCAGUGAUUUGGAGCCGUAUCCUACUUAGACUAAUGCGGGCCUUCCAGGUUUCCUAAGAGCUUGUACAGCAGCACGCACUGCUGUUAUUAAUCGGCACGGGCGAGAAUGCCAUCUUUGCCUCAAGAAAGGGUUAUUCAGGGACCCUCUCCCCUGGAUCUGAAUACAGAAUUGCCUUAUCAAAGCACGAUGAAAAGGAAAGUCAGAAAGAAGAAAAAGAAGGGAACCAUUACAGCAAAUGUUGCUGGGACAAAGUUUGAAAUUGUUCGUUUAGUAAUAGAUGAAAUGGGAUUUAUGAAAACGCCAGAUGAGGAUGAAACAAGUAACCUUAUAUGGUGUGAUUCAGCUGUUCAGCAGGAGAAGAUUGCAGAGCUGCAAAAUUACCAGAGGAUCAACCAUUUUCCAGGAAUGGGAGAGAUCUGUAGGAAGGAUUUCCUAGCAAGAAAUAUGACCAAAAUGAUCAAGUCCCGGCCUCUGGAUUAUACCUUUGUUCCUCGAACAUGGAUCUUCCCUGCUGAAUAUACACAAUUUCAGAAUUAUAUGAAAGAAUUAAAGAAAAAAAGAAAGCAGAAGACUUUUAUAGUAAAACCAGCUAAUGGUGCAAUGGGUCAUGGGAUUUCUUUGAUAAGAAAUGGUGACAAACUUCCAUCUCAGGAUCAUUUGAUUGUUCAAGAAUACAUUGAAAAGCCUUUCCUAAUGGAAGGUUACAAGUUUGAUUUACGAAUUUAUAUUCUGGUAACAUCGUGUGAUCCACUAAAAAUAUUUCUCUACCAUGAUGGACUUGUGCGAAUGGGAACAGAGAAGUACAUUCCACCUAAUGAGAGCAAUUUGACCCAGUUAUACAUGCAUCUGACAAACUACUCUGUGAACAAGCACAAUGAGCAUUUUGAAAGGGAUGAAACUGAAAACAAAGGCAGCAAACGUUCCAUCAAAUGGUUUACAGAAUUCCUACAAGCAAAUCAACAUGAUGUUGCUAAGUUUUGGAGUGAUAUUUCAGAAUUGGUGGUAAAGACUCUGAUUGUAGCAGAACCUCAUGUCCUGCACGCAUAUCGAAUGUGCAGACCUGGUCAACCUCCAGGAAGUGAAAGUGUCUGCUUCGAAGUCCUGGGAUUUGAUAUUUUGUUGGAUAGAAAACUAAAGCCAUGGCUUCUGGAGAUCAAUCGAGCUCCAAGCUUUGGAACUGAUCAGAAAAUAGACUAUGAUGUAAAAAGGGGAGUGCUGCUAAAUGCACUGAAGCUACUAAAUAUCAGGACCAGUGAUAAAAGGAGAAACUUGGCUAAACAAAAAGCUGAGGCUCAAAGGAGGCUUUAUGGUCAAAAUUCAAUCAAAAGGCUUUUACCGGGUUCCUCAGACUCAGAACAGCAGAGACAUCAGUUGGAGAGGCGGAAAGAAGAGUUGAAGGAGAGACUCGCUCAGGUACGGAAGCAGAUCUUGAAAGAAGAACAUGAAAAUCGACACAUGGGGAAUUACAGGCGAAUUUAUCCUCCUGAAGAUAAAACACUACUUGAAAAGUAUGAAAAUUUGUUGGCUGUUGCCUUUCAGACCUUCCUUUCAGGAAGAGCAGCUUCAUUCCAGCGAGAGAUGAAUAAUCCUUUGAAAAGGAUGAAGGAGGAAGAUAUUUUGGAUCUUCUGGAACAAUGUGAAAUUGAUGACGAAAAGUUGAUGGGCAAAACUGCCAAGUCACGAGGACCAAAGCCUCUGUCUUCCAUGCCCGAGAGUACUGAGAUAACAAAAAGACAGAAGUACUACAGCAGUGACAGCAGCUAUGGUAGUAGCAGCAGCUCUUCAGAAUCAGAAGAAAAUGAAAAAGAAGAGUACCAAAAUAAGAAAAGAGAAAAGCAAGUUACAUAUAAUCUUAAACAGUCCAACCACUACAGAUUAAUCCAACCAUCCAGCUCCAUAAGGCGUUCAGUCAGUUGCCCUCGGUCCAUCUCUUCUCAAUCACCAUCCAGUGCAGACAGCCGCCCCUUUUCUGCUCAACAAGUGAUAUCAUCAUCCCAGUCAGCUUCAGGGUCUCGGUCACAUUCUUUAAACCGUGCUUCCUCCUACAUGAGGCAUCUGCCUCAAAGUAAUGAUGCCAGCUCUACUGACUCUCCUAUGAGUGAGUCUUUGCGGCAACUGAGACCAAAAGAACAAGAAGAUGAUCUAACAAGUCAGACCUUAUUUGUUCUCAAGGACAUGAAGAUCCGGUUUCCAGGAAAAUCAGAUGCAGAAUCAUUACUUCUGAUAGAAGAUAUCAUUGAUAACUGGAAGUAUCAUAAAACAAAAGUGGCUUCAUAUUGGCUCAUAAAAUUGGACUCUGUAAAACAACGAAAAGUUUUGGACAUAGUAAAAACAAGUGUCCGUACAGUUCUUCCACGCAUCUGGAAGGUACCUGAUGUCGAGGAAGUAAAUUUAUAUCGGAUUUUCAACCGAGUUUUUAAUCGCUUACUCUGGAGUCAUGGCCAAGGACUGUGGAACUGUUUCUGUGAUUCAGGAUCCUCUUGGGAGAGUAUUUUCAGUAAAAGCCCGGAGGUGGUGACUCCUUUGCAGCUCCAGUGUUGCCAGCGCCUGGUCGAGCUUUGUAAACAGUGCCUGCUAGUGGUUUACAAAUAUGCAACUGACUCAAGAGGAUCACUCUCAGGCAUUGGUACCAAUUGGGGUAAUUCCAGGUAUUUACUACCAGGAAGUACCCAAUUCUUCAUGAGAACACCAACCUACAACUUGAAAUACAGUUCACCUGGAAUGGCUCGCUCCAAUGUUUUGUUUACAUCCCGGUAUGACCAUUUGUGAAACAGAGGGAAGAUCGCCAUGGGUUAUGCAUAAUAGCAAUUCAUAUUUUUCCCAACUUAACAUUGCAAAGACAGUGACCAUUAAGUGCUGUUUCAUGUAUAUAUGACAUAUAUGUGUGUGAAACUAUAUGCACACAUGCACUCAAAUAACAUAUAUAUUUAUUAUAGUAUAUGAAGGAAGAAUUAGCAGGAAACUGGAUAUAAGAUUUAACCUUUCUGGAAAUGUAAUAAACCAUGUUAAAAUUGUUUACACAAAUAUAUGAAUGUCUAGAAUUUGCUAGGUUUAUAAUUAAUACCUUCCUACUACAAAUGUUAUUUUUGCUUCAGAGUAUAUAAAACAGAAUUGAUCUUGAAGAUCCCAUUACAGUGUUAAAUUAUUUUCUAGGUAAUAUGUCUUUUGACUUGAAAAAGCAUUAAUAGUAAAUUACCUUAUUAAUUCUCAUAUAUAGUAGCUAUUUAAAAUGAAAACAAAAAUUAGAAGCCUGGUGUUGCUUGAUGAUAGGAUUAAGUAAGAAACAGGUUUGUCAUUACUAUAGCACACUGUAAAGUACUAUAAAAAUCCCAACCAGAUUCUCCAAGAUUUUUAUCCCUCAGUGUGGAAAUUUAGCUACUUGUGAAAGUGAUAAUGUAAAUUUUCAGUAAGGAUCUAGUAAGGUCAUAUUAUGAUCUAAAAUGGAAGACAAUCCAGUGGGUUAAAAAUAAAACUUACUAGCUUGUAUUUUUACUUUUUAUUGGGAGUCACAUAAAGGGAACAGAAAAUGGUGGUAAUGACAAAAUCGUUCCAUAUGAUUUUUGUAUCUCUUGCCACUGUUACCACUCACUUUUUUUUGGAAAGUGUAUCUCUGAUGAGUACAUAUGGUCAAAUACAAUUUCUUCUGUUCAAAGAGCUGAUAUUUUAAACUUAUUUCAGUGUUACAGAACGAUGUGUCACACUUAUUUUAUAAGUCUCUGAAUGCUGAGACCAACUUACAUUGCAAAGACUAAUAUAGAGUUUCAUAUUGCACCAUAGAAAAGAAUCUAAAUUAUUGCAAAUAGAAGAUUCUGAUUACUAAAUAUUAUUAGUCAUCGAUGUGCCCUUGAGAAUUAAAAAAAAAUCAAAAUAGAGUUUGAAGUUUUCUUCUUGUCCAAAGUUAUUAUGUGUAAGUUUCAUAGCAGUUUACUUCCUUUUUUUGCUUACAGUGUCAAAAACAAUGAGUGAGUUUUCAGUUUUCUAUACAAAUAUAAAUAGUACCAUGGAAAUCCUUAGAGAUUGUAAUAUUCACCUUUUAAAAUUUUAUUUAAACUUCUCCCAGUAGUUUUAUUUUCUCACAGAUGGUAAUUAUUUGCAACAUUCAUGAGUGUUUUACCUCCUUUUACUAUCCUGAAAGCUAUUUCCAGUAAAUUGAGAAAUGGUCCCAAAGCAGAAGGAGAACUGAGAGGGGCAAACUGGCCUGCUUUAAUUCACAAGCUGGAUAACUCGCAACCCAAAGUUGUAAGUUGAUAAUAUUGUGCUUUUAAAGCCAUGUUCUGAGGCUGUAUUAGGAUAAAAUAGGUUCUUCCCUAAAUUAUUGCUGGCUACUUGAUUCUUUAUGACUACCUACCAUCCGUAUUCCAGUGGAUACUUUUCCUUGCUAAUUGCAUCCCAAAGAGAGUUUGUUAUUGUCUUUGUGGGAAAAGAGGAUAAGGAUGUCAGGAUGAAGGAAAUUGCAGUGUAGCUCUGAGUGUUUAUGAUGCCAUUUUGUGAAUUCUUAAAUAUGUUUAGAUUUUUUUGUAAUAAAUAAUGCAAAAAUUGGGAUAUUAAAAUAAUUAUUAUAAGAAUGAUCAUCAAUUAGGCCUUUUCAUGGAGCAGUUUUAGUCAUUUUUCAUUGAAAUUCAUGAUUUGUUCAUGAAUGAGACACAAUUUCAAGUGUCUGAUAUAUGAUAUCAACCCAGUUUGUUGGCCACUCACUUGCAUUAGCUUAAAUCACAAUGGUGACUUAAUCUGCUGGAGUGGGUACUUUGGAAGUUCUUUUCUUAGUUGUAUAAAAGUGAAAUUUUUAUUUAAAACAAAAAAAGAAUGUCUAACAUGUCUCCCCCUGGGGAAAAUACAAAAAAAGUAAAUUUAAAUGUAUGAAACUACCCAGUUAGUUACUGAUGAGCAAAUUUCAUUUUCAUUCAUCUAGCUACCUAGGUCUGGCUUUGUUUGAGUGCUAGAAUUUUAUUGCCCACAUUUGCCUCUUUAUACUGAUCUAGUCUGAUAUGAUGAAAUUGUGAAUAAAAGCCAUGUGCUCAUUAUUUAUGUAUACUACCUGGUAUGCUGUGGACUACAGUUGUGUUAAUGCUUAUUCCCUAAUGAGAAACUAAGAAAAGAAGAUACAGUAAUAAACCGUGGAAGUCUUUAGAGGCCAUAGAAAUAUUUUAGUGAUAUAAAAUAUUCCUUAGUUUUUAUUAUAAAUUGUUUAUUCAUAGAGUUAAAACGUAGCAUUAUAAGUGAUAGUAUGGGUCUGACUCUCUCUCUUCUAGGAGAGAAAAUAACUUUAUCUGAAAAACUCAGAAGCUAUUCAAUCUUACCAAGAGAUUUUGAUAGGGAAUUUGGUUUACUUAUGAUGAAAGCAUAUUUUCAUUCUGUUAUUAAAAAAUACAUCCCUGCUCAUUCUGUGACUAAUGCUUUCCAGAACUGUAUAUGUUUGGAAUGAUUCCAGAAUUGUACAAGAAGUAACCUUUUAAUGUUAAAUUAUCAUCUAUGAACAUUGUAUAAGAUUGCAGAUUAGUUUUCACUGUAAUAAUCCAGCAUUGUAAUAAUUACCAUUUGCUUUAUGUAUUCUGUUGAAGGAACUAUUUGUGAUUCAUAUUAUGAUUAUUAGCAACAAAUUUUAUUUAUGUUGCAUGUGUAAAAAUGAAAUUAUAACAGGAUCAAAUAUGGAAAUGCCAAUGGUAACCUCUAUCAGAUGCAAAAAGAUCUAUACAAAUUUUUUCAUAUAUCUGAAUUAGGUCUAAAUACACAAAAUUUUUCUACUAAUUCCUCCUCCCAGAACUAAAAUGAACCAAACUCAAGCAAAAAACCCCAAUCUUCUUCUCAUCUAAUAUUUAUACACAGCUAGAUGAUAGUGGCUGCUAGACAUCAAGAAAAAGAUUUCAUUCUAAUUCUUUUUUUUAAUUUGGAAAGUAUAUGAUUAUAGAAUUUUGUUAUCUAACUCUAAAUUUCACAUUUUAAUAUAAAUUAAUCCAAAUGCUUUCUUCUUUAGCAUGACAAAGUCAUUCCAAUUAAAACUUCUCUUUAAAUCUAAACUUCCACAUUACUUAUUUUCAAAAGUACCAAAAAAUUGAUAGUUGCAUAAACUCUAUUAUUUCUAGUUUUCUAUAAAGCAUUGAUUCAUUCUUAAACGUAUAUUCUUUAAAAUAUAAUAGCAAAUACUUGAGAAGAGUGACAAUAAAUACUUUCCUUUUCUGUUCUGUAAUGCUGUUUUACGUUUUGAGUCUUAGUUUACUUGGUUCUAAGGGUUAAACAAUAAAAAGUGUAAGUACAAUUAGUUGUGUUCCUGUGACCUGAUGAUUUUUGAAAAUUUCUUUUCUCUUUAAAUUGAGAAAUUUAAUAAAGCUUUCAAGAACUGAAUUAGUUAUCUAAAUAUUUUGCACUAAUGCUACUUACCAAUACAUUAAAAUUUUGAAAGUAUUUUGAUGAUCAAAAUUUUACUCCUUACACUGUUUUUUCUUUCUUUUCUUCUUCUUUUUUAAACUUUAAGUUCCAUUUGAAGUUUUGACCUUUGCAUGGACAAAUUCAAGAAAAGAGAAAUCCUGCCUUUUAAACAUUGGUUUAUGGUGGUGUAUUUUUGCUUCAGCAACAAUAAAACUUAUAAGAUGUGUUAUUGGAUCAAGUUCAGUUUUUCUGCUGAGAUUUUUAAGAACAAGGUUGAAGUUUCAGUGUCUAAAAAGCAUUAAUUUUCUGGAUCCAUGUGAACCAAGAUAAUGGCCACAAAUAUCAGUCUUGCGACCAAAAAUUGUUAAAUUAAAACUAAUUGCACACUUUGAGAUUCUUGCCCUUUUUUGGUGCUCUUUUGCCUUGUUAUGGGUAUUGAAGGAAAACUAUUCAGGUGAAACAUUCCACAUUAACUGGGCUGUAUUACCUAAAAAGAUCUACAUAAAGUUUUUAUUUUAUCCCCACCUGCUAAUUUGAAAACUAUUGGUAAAAUCAUCAUUCAGUACACUAAUAUUUUCUAAAUUAGUAAGAAGACUUACCUUAUAAAAAUAAUCAGAUAAUGCUGAUAUUUCUCUCUCAAAGGCUAACAAUGACACUUCUUGGUCCUGAGCUGGUUGGUUCAUACAAUAACUAAUGUACAUGCUACUACAUUGAAUAUUAAUAGAUUUGCUGAAGAUUCUGGGUUUGAGGGUUAGCUUGAAAGCAAUACAUUUGCUACCAUGAAUCAUGACUCAAAUUAUCCCCAUGUGUUUUACUACCUGUAUAUGAAUGCAAAUGUUGUUACAGAAAAUAUGCUUGAAAUGUCAACACAAUGUGCAAUUAGUAUUGCAUUGUCAUGCUUCAGCAUGUGAUAUCUGUAUGGUGAAGUUAUUUCAAUUACUCAGAUAUGUUACUAUAAUAAAAAAUGUUUAAUAUAAGAAAGUUACAUAUGUCAUCAAAUGGUUAUUUCUGUUCCCCC